AUGUGGCUGAUCGAUACCACCACCCUCCGACUGGAGGAGGUUGUGGACCUGCAGGAUUGCAAGUAUGCUAUCCUGUCUCACACAUGGGAGAAAGAUGAAGUCGAAUUUCAUGAGAUGCUGGCCGAAUCUCGACCAGCCAGACUCCUUCAAAAGGCCGGUUUUCAGAAAAUCAAAAAGACGUGUGAGGUGGCCAAACAAAAAGGGUACUCUUAUGCCUGGGUUGAUACUUGCUGCAUCGACAAGACCAGCAGCGCGGCGCUUUCCGAGGCCAUUAACUCCAUGUUCCACUGGUACAAAGAGUCGUCCCUGUGUCUUGCUCAUCUGUCUGAUCUGAAAGUCAACAACUUCGAGCAUGCAGAGAGCAAGACGACAGAGUUCAUGAAAGACUGCCGGUGGUUCACCCGAGGCUGGACCCUUCAGGAGCUAAUCGGGCCUGAGGAGCUCGACUUUUACGACCAAGAAUGGAACUACAGGGGUAGCAAGAAGACCUUUAGGCGUGAGCUAUCUGAGAUUACAGGUAUCGAAGCCGAUAUCCUCGAAGACUCUGAACUGUUGCCGACGAUACCGGUUGGACGGAGGAUGUCCUGGGCAGCCAAUAGAAAGACAACACGGGUAGAAGACAUCGCUUAUUGCCUAUUUGGGAUCUUCGGCGUGAACAUGCCCAUGAUCUACGGAGAGGGCAAGAAUGCAUUCUUGCGACUUCAGGAGGAGAUAGCAAAGAGCACCAACGACCUCACACUCUUCGCCUGGACGUCUCAAAACGAGUCAGGAGUCGACAGAAGGCCAACACAUUCAAGUCAACAAGGGAAGGACUUACGCGGCAUCCUCGCCCAAUCGCCUGCAGAAUUUGUGCACUGCGGCAGACUGAAGAUACUGCGAGACCGGGUCGCGCCCGUCAAGGAGUUCGCGAUGACAAACAAUGGCCUUCGCAUCGAGACAGUUCUGGGAUCAUCCCCCAAUAAGGAGUACGUCUUCGCUCUAGACUGCGUCAACGAGAACAAUCGCAAACUCGGGGUUUACCUUAUGAAAACGGAGACUGGCUUCGUCCGUGAUCGAGCUUACGACUUGUUCUCUACGACCGACAAGGCAUUUUGGAACGGACAGCGAAGCACGAUAUACAUUGCCAGAACCCUGAGCAACAGCCUCGCGCUCAGACUAAGGGCUCAGCUGCUUCGGUCGCUGAACUUCCAUUUCCACCUGCAACCAAGAGCAAAUUAUACUUGCAGUAAUUUGUCGGCUCGCCCGGCCAGUCUGUGGGAUAAGAAUGGCAGGUUGUUCCUCACUGGAAACCGGCAGGACUUCACCGCAUGCAUCGAGUUCAACUUGAAGCCGAUAUGGUGGAGAUUCGUAAUCGUGUGUGGCCUCAUAGACGUCAGGAAUGAGAGACCACGCGUGUCUGACCUUUGGAACGAAGAGGACCGCUACGGCGUUACACCGUGGAUGGCGAUGUUUACGGACCAGGACCCCGCUGCAAAGCUUCAGUUGGAGAUCAUCGACAAGCUCAAGCAUGGGAAUGACGAGCUGAGGAAGUUAAGGAGUACUGUUAUUUCCUGGUAUGUCGACGAAUAUGGUCGCUUACCGCUGCGAAAGAUGGCCGAGACGAUGAAGACCGCGUUUGACGAUGACGGGAGAGAGAUCUCAUACUACCUCAGCAUGAUCAAAGAGCCAAACAACAAAGGGACGCCCGUCUUCAACAUCAGGGUCUUCGUGUCCGAGGUGAACAGGGUCCGCGAUUCUUCGACCAUGGGCGAGGUCGGAUCGGACGAAGAGGCAGGUCACGGUCGCGCCCGGCCUGCCCCCAGGCCAGUACCGCAGCCGCCGUCGGCCGACCGCGAGCCGCCACCACGGCCGGGGCCGAAUCCGUUCUCGCCGCAGCCGAGGCCGUAUACGUUCCCGCAGUUUGCGAAUGCCUAUCCUCAUGGGGUCCCUGGUCAACCGUAUCCGCCAAGUCCCAUACCAGGACAGUGGUCACCUCCGGGGUUCUACCAACCAGGGCCGGAGUAUCCUUAUGGUGCGGGAUAUCGAUAG